UAGAAUAGUCACCUUAUUAAAGCAGCGUCCACACUCAUCUGGAGCUGCAGUUGGGGCGCUGAGUGGAGAGGAAGCCCGGACUCUCACUAGUUAGUGAAACCACAGUUGCUGCCAUGGCCGGGAAGCCCGUGCUUCAUUACUUCAAUGCCCGGGGCCGAAUGGAAUGCAUCAGGUGGCUGCUGGCUGCAGCAGGGGUGGAGUUUGAAGAGAAGUUUAUAGAACGUCCAGAAGACUUGGAAAAGUUAAGAAAAGAUGGGAAACUGAUGUUUGAGCAAGUGCCCCUGGUGGAGAUUGACGGGAUGAUGCUGGUGCAGACCAGAGCCAUUCUCAAUUACAUCGCCACCAAAUACGACCUCUACGGCAAGGACGCAAAGGAGAGAGCCCUGAUUGACAUGUAUACAGAGGGUAUUGUAGAUCUGACUGAAAUGAUCAGGCAACUGGUUAUAUGUCCUCCAGAUCAAAAAGAAGCCAAGAUUUCUUUGAUAAAAGACAGGACCAAAAACCGGUACUUGCCUGCCUUUGAAAAAGUGUUGAAGAGCCAUGGACAAGACUACCUUGUUGGCAACAGGCUGACCAGGGUGGACAUUCACCUGCUGGAACUUCUCCUCUAUAUUGAAGAGCUUGACUCCAGCCUUCUGGCCCCUUUCCCCCUGCUGAAGGCCCUGAAGAGCAGACUCAGCAACCUGCCCAAUGUGAAGAAGUUCCUGCAGCCUGGCAGCCAGAGAAAGCCUCCCCUUGAUGCCAAACAAAUCGAAGAGGCGAGGAAGAUUUUCAAGUUCUAGGAAAGCUGCAUUGACCAAGUUCUUGUACACCAGUCUCCGGUGUUUUGCUAAAAUAGUAGCAACUAUGGAUUUUGGCUAUACUGAAAUAAUAAACAUGAAAGAACACUGUA